UACACACACUUCUCUUAUGAUCAUUAUCACCAUAUAUUUCGGCCGUCGACCAUCCCGAAUCAUCCACCUGGUUUUGCAUCUCCAUAACUCCAUUCUUGGUCUCGUAAAGUACGUUACCCUUUUUCAUCAACAUAUAAUUAUACCAUUUAUGUAUCUCCAACCCUUUUCUUCAUCAACAUUCCUUUGCCUUGGGUUGACCUUCCUUCCAUUAGGGUUUCAGGGCAUUUUGUUUUCGGAAUUAGGGUUUCUAGAAUAAUGGAUUUCGGAAUCCUAGUUUCUUCCCUCCAUCACCUUCCCCUCUUCUUUUCCAUCUUCUUUCUCAUUUACUUGACUGCCUACUUGUUCCUCUUCCGAAACUGGACUUCUAAACUCCGGCCCGAAGCUGCCAGCUGUUUGAUCUCACUUGCCCAUGGCACCCCUGCUGUUUUCUUGGCCUCUCAGGCUAUCCUUUCCGACCCCCAUCAUGGCUUUGCCUCACCCAACACCGAUUUUCAAAACUCCGUUCUUGAAUAUAGCAUCGCAUACUUUUUCAUGGAUCUUUGUCAUUAUUUGAUCUUCAACCCUAGCGAUAUCCUCUUCAUAGGCCACCAUUUGGCCACCCUUUUCGUCUUUUUAACCUGUCGAUACCUUGUCUUUCAUGGAGCUUAUGGUAUUUUGAUUUUACUUAUACUGGCGGAGGUCACCAGCUUCAUUCAAAACAUUUGGACGCUGGCCAGUGCGCAGAAAGCCGAUUCUAAAAUUGCAGCCCAGGUGUUCGCUGUUUUGUCACCUCCAUUUUAUGCACUGUAUACUGUUGUUAGAGGUUUCAUGGGACCUCUCUUUGUCUAUAAAAUGCUUGCCUUUUACUUAAGUGGGGCUGCAGAUACUGUGAUUCCUAUGUGGGUUUGGCUUUCUUGGAUUUGUGUUGUUGUUGCAGCCAUUUCAGUUAGUAUACUUUGGAUAUCUAACAGGUGGCUUGAUUUGUACAGAGAGAGACUAGUCAUACUUGAGAAGGAGCAGAAAAUUAGAUAGGAAACACUUUUGAACAUUUGGAGUACAUCCCCUGUAUCAAUCAUCCCUUAAUUUCUAAGAAAAUCAUGUACCCGAUGUUAGCUUUAUGAAAUACUACAAUAAAUGUUACUGGUGGUGCCUUGAAUCUUAUUGUUUUGUGUUUGAAUGCU